GGUGGAUUUUUAGCUUGAAAACCCACACAGCUGUACACAGGAGUCUGGGUGUAGAUUAAUUUUGGACUGAUUUACUGAAGUAAUUUCACAUCAACUGGGGGCGAAAUUACUCUUUAGAGAUGCUGUCUAGCUUAGCCAGAAGAUUGGGCCCAGUUUCAAGGCAGCAUUUGCCGAGAACUGUUGCCAUCGCAAGCAGGCAGCUGAACACAGAUGUGCAGUUGACAACAAAUCCCUUCAAACUUCACAAGCUUGAAGAAGGUCCUAGGACAACCAGCAUGCUGACCAAGGAUGAAGCCUUGGACUACUAUCACAAGAUGCAGACCAUUAGGAGGAUGGAGACAGCUGCUGCAACCCUCUAUAAAUCAAAGGAAGUCAGAGGCUUUUGUCACUUGUAUUCAGGACAGGAAGCAUGUGCUGUAGGUAUAAAUUCAGUGUUAAAACCAGAUGAUGCAGUUAUCACAGCAUACAGAGCUCAUGGUUGGGCCCAUCUUAGAGGUGUUACCUUGCAUGGUGUGCUAGCAGAACUCACAGGCAGGAGAACCGGUUGUGCUAAAGGUAAAGGAGGUUCCAUGCAUAUGUACUGUAAGAACUUCUAUGGAGGAAAUGGAAUCGUAGGGGCACAGGUUCCACUCGGUGCUGGCAUUGCCAUGGCACUGAAAUACAUGGAAACCAAGAAUGUAUGUAUCUCUCUGUACGGUGAUGGAGCUGCUAACCAGGGUCAGGUCUUUGAGGCUUAUAACAUAGCCAAGCUCUGGGAUCUACCAUGUAUCUUUGUGUGUGAGAAUAACAAGUAUGGAAUGGGAACGGCUGUCGAGAGGUCUGCUGCAUCAACGGAUUAUUACACCAGAGGAGAUUAUAUACCAGGCAUCUGGGUUGAUGGUAUGGAUGUUGUAGCAGUCAGGGAAGCUACCAGAUAUGCCAAGGACUAUUGCACAUCAGGAAAGGGUCCUCUUGUAAUGGAGGUUGAGACCUACAGAUAUCAUGGGCAUAGUAUGAGUGAUCCAGGAACUAGCUACAGGUCUAGGGAAGAGGUCCAGGAUAUCCGACAGACCCAGGACCCUAUCACCAAGCUCAAAGACACUAUCCUUGCUAAUGAAUUAGCCACAGAGGCUGAGCUCAAGACCAUUGACACGUCUGUCCGAUCUGCUGUUGAUGAAGCCAUGACUAAAGCCAAGGCCGAUCCGGAGCUACCAGUCUCUGAGACCUUUACCAACAUCUAUGCAAACAGCGCCCCCAUGAAGGUCAGAGGGGCCGAUGCAUUCUCAUACCACAAUUCUUAACAAUUAUGAGACUGAAUAGAAUCAUCCAAGGAAUAUUUCAUCAAUCUUGAAAUUGAUUGAUUGAAACAACAAUCAAUUUAGGUCUUAUACAUUGAUUUAACGAACAGCUCAGAAUCAGUUUUAGUCUAAAACUGAUUCCGUGUUAGCACUGAUUCUAAAAAUUGAUUUUAAGAUUGAAGAAACACACUCAGGAUGCACCUACAGUAUGUGUAAUAACAGAUCCUUCCAUUUGUCCUGAAGGGGGAAAUUCAUGAUCUGUGGUUGAGGGUUGAUCUCUCUGACAAAAAUAUCAUGUAGAUUGGUAUGUUGAAUUAACUGGAGAUGUGAGGAGAGUUUGCAUGUGUAUUUGCUAAAAGGAAUGGUUCAAUCUUAUAUGAAAAAUUGGAUCAAUGAUGCACAGUGAGAUAGAUGAGAUGUUUUUACAAUAGAAAUUCAAAAUGCCAAAUAAUUGAAGGUAUGUCUAUUCUAAUCUUUUAAUUCAUAUGGAUUAAAGUAUUCUCUCAUUUUGUUGUGGAAUAAUAUAUUGGCUCUGAUAAAGGAAAUACUUAAGGAUUUGAUGAUAAAAUUGAAUGGAAUAAAUAUAGCUUAUUUAUUACCAAGGAGGUGUGUGCAGACUGUUCAUAUUGUAUGAAUUAAUCCAGAAUAAAGAACUAUAUGUUUUAGGUCCAGUUGGUGAAACACCAUGUUUGGCACUGAUCCUUUCCUUUUAUUUUUUCAUAUGUAGAAAAAAAUUUGUAUUCUUUUUACAGCUUGCUAUGCAGGUGUUUAUACUCUAACCGGGUGGUCAAAGUGCUAUUCAAAAUGAGCAAAAAGUUAUCUCUUCUACUAAAUCAAUUCCUAAAGUUGGAAUCCCUAUAUAAAUGGUGAAUUUAAAAAUAAUAUAAUUUGACCGGACAAAAUUGUGGCUUUACUCUGACAGCAAAUUUGAUAGGAAAUACAAAGGAAGUUUUAAUUACCCAAUAUGUGUACGCAUCUUUUUAAAUGUUUUAAUUCAUUAUUUGCUUGUAUGUACAUGAAAUAGUUUUAUGUUGUGGUACUUGGUGUAACCUAGUUACAAACUCCUUGUCAUGUUCUGCUUCAAAAAUAUAUGUAAAACAUACACUGUUGGUCAUAAAGGUGGAAUAUUUAUUUUUACCCCAGUUUAGGGAAGGAUUUUUAAAAAUUAUUUAUUUCUAAUAGAUCUAGAUAAUGGCAUACAUUCUCAGAUUUUAUUGAAUAUUGAUUUGCGAGUAUUUGUUUUGCGUGACUGCUAAAUCAUAUGUGUGUUACUAUGCUAAUCAGCUAAGGGACCUACGUCCUUAAGCAUUAAUCCUCAUUACUGUUAAUUAUGAUUUAAGGACGUAGGUUCCCUAGCUGAUUAGCAUAGUAGCACACAUAUGAUUUAGCAGUCACGCAAAAGAAACACUCGCAAAUCAAUAUUCAAUAAAAUCUGAGAAUGUAUGUCAUUAUCUAGAUCUAUUAGAAAUAAAUAAUUUUUUUAAAUCCUUCCCUAAACUGGGGUAAAAAUAAUUAUUCCACCAUUAUGACCAACAGUGUAGAUCCAUGUAAAUGGCAUUGAUUUCCCCUUCUUUUUUGUCAUGGUACUUGGGAGGACUAUAAGGGAAUUUUGAUAUUUUUGGAAUGUGGGUGAUAUCAUGCUAUACAAUAGUUGAAGCCUGCACUCAGAAUUGCUCGUCAAACUUUAUCGAAUUUUGUGUUUUAUUUCUGUUGUUGUCGUACACCAGGGUCAUCAUAAGUCUGGGCUUCUUAAAGUAUUUACAUGUACUUGGUCAAAAAUUGAUAUCUUUAGAAGUAUAUCAAAUGUCAAUGAAAUUUGUAGUGCACUUUUUCAAUUUUUAGCAAAUAUUAAUAAUUACUUCUUAUAAAGCAUUUUUCAAAAGUUACAAAGUGCUAAAUAAAUAAAAAAAUAUUUCAAACUCCAACUUUGUUAAGGUAAGUCUGUUCAAGAAUGUUGGGCAUGUACCAGUGUACUGUUGACGGCAAGUUUUUUGCAAUGUGACCUCUAUCUAAAUGAUUGUGAAACCCUUUUAAGAUUUUAGUUUAUUUGCAAAAGAAGGAAAUAAGAUUUCAUGGAUGAAGUAUUGCAAAAAAAUGUUUGUCAGAGAAUGAAUAGUGCUCUGAUAUAAGAAAAAAUGAAUGGAACUGAAUACCCCAUGGUCAUGGAAUAUGGCCAGAGAGAAAAAAAGUGUUCCAAAUAACGUCAAACUGUUAUUCAAAUGAAAUAGAUAUACCCGAGUAGAGGUCAGAUUUUCUGUUGCAUAAUUCAUUUGUAAUCUGUCAUGAAUGAAUGCUGAUUGCUGGAAUUUGCAAUGCAAGGGCAGGGUGUUGUCAAUUUCAUCCUCUUUCAUGUCCUUGCCUUGGAAUGGAAGGCAAUGUACAUUUGUUGUUCGGUACUCAUUUACGUGAAGAAAAAGGUUUGCAAGGUGACAGGAUUUAACCAUGAAUGUCUUGAGUUCGGGAAAUAGAAAGUUAGAAGAGUGCCAUUUUCACCCCAAUCACCUUAAGUUUGGUCUCGAGUUGUGUCAAAAUUCAUUUAGUAGUAAAGAACAAGGACAUUAGGAAUGUGCCCAUUUUUGGAAAUUUCUGAAACUAUAUUAACUUGUAAUAAAUUUGUAAGUUUAUUGUAAAGUAACUCAAUGUAAAGAAAAGUAAUCGACAGUAAUCGAAGUUAAUUACAUUGUAAAAAAAUUAUAUUAACUGUUCCUCUUCUUCUUGGAUUUUGACUCAGAUAUAAAUAGCAUUCAUUUAUACUAUAUAGACUAUAAGGUGCUGCUACUGAAAAUGACAAAUAAGGGGAGUAGGUUUCAUGAUCAGUUCUGCACAAAAUGUGUUCCACAAGAGUCAAAGACUGUAUUUGACUGAGUGUGUGUACAGACUUUAAUAAUAUAUCAACAUCAACAUGUGGUUGAUAUUGCUGAAUGAAAUAAAGUAUAUAUAUAUAUUAA